AUGGCCCAUUUAGAAUCCCAGCCCACUCUUGCUCCUUCGCUCGCAGCCCAUAAAAUGUUCAUUGGUGGAUUGAAUUGGGAGACUACAGAUCAAUCAUUGAAAGAGUAUUUCUCGCAAUUCGGUGAGGUACUUGAAUGUACUGUUAUGAGAGAUGGUGCAUCUGGUCGAUCUAGAGGAUUCGGAUUCUUGACAUUCAAAGAUGCUCGGACUGUCAAUAUUGUCAUGGUUAAGGAACAUUACCUUGACGGCAAAAUAGUAAGACCCGAUCUCAAAACUUUCAAUAAUUCUUUACGCUCUUAUCCUUCCAAAUUUCACUAUUUAGCCUCAAAAAACAUAAGCUCACAUUCAAAUUUCAAGAUCGAUCCCAAACGCGCUAUUCCAAGAGACGAGCAAGAACGUACAAGCAAGAUUUUCGUAGGUGGUGUCAGUCAAGAUGCUUCCGAGCAAGAUUUCAAAGAGUACUUCAUGCAAUUCGGACGGGUUGUCGAUGCCACUCUGAUGAUGGACAAAGAUACCGGUAGGCCUCGAGGAUUUGGAUUCGUCACAUUCGAUAGUGAAGCCGCCGUUGAGGCAUGCCUGGAAGGCCCACUCGAAAUUCAUGGAAAGCCUAUCGAAGUCAAGAAGGCACAGCCCCGAGGCAACAUAAGGGAGGAGGAAGAAGUCAGAGGUCCACGAGGCGGUCGAUUUAAGAAAGGGGGAAACGCCGGUGAUGACUUUCAAAAUUCUAAUCAACAGCAACAAGGUGGUCAAAUGAAUGCUCCAGGCGGUAUGACUCCUCAGUUAAUGGCCCAGUACUGGCAGCGCAUGCAGCAGUAUUUUGCACUAAUGCAGCAACAAAUGGCCAUGGGUGGAGGCCGAGGACAAAUGCCAGGCGGAAUGCCCGGCGGUAUGAAUCCUGCUAUGAUGGCCCAAAUGGCUCAGAUGCAACAAAUGCAACAAAUGCAGCAGCAAAUGCAAGGUGGAGGGGGAGCCGGUGCACGUAGUCAAAGCCCUCAAAGUCCAUCGGCUGGAAUGGCAGCAAUGGCCGGAAUGAAUCCAGCUAUGAUGCAACAAAUGCAGCAAAUGCAACAAAUGCAAAUGCAGCAGGCAAUGGGCGGACAAGCAGGUAACUUCGCGGCUGGUGGUGGUAGUAACCCUGGUGGUCGAAUGGGUACACCCGGCUACAAUGCAUAUGAACAAGGACUCUUCGAGCAACAAAAGUAUGAACAACAGCAGAUGAGACGAGCUCAGCGCGAGCAAUCGCAAUACGGCGCUGGUGGCGGUGGAUAUGGAAUGGGUGGAGGUGGAGGCGGGCCGACAUCUUGGGAGGGUAUGUACGAUGAUGUUCCUCAGCCAGGUACUAGUAGUGGUGGCGGCGGUGGCGGGCGUGGUGGAUUUGGUGGUGGGAGAGGAGCUCGCGGAGGCGGGGCUGGAGGAAGUGACAGAGGCUCUGCUCCACCAGCCGUUGCACCGAAUGCGCCUGCUGGUGCGCCAACGGGCCCAAAGAAUGCCGGAAAGCCUGGUGCGAACUAUAGAGGAGGUGGAAGGGGUGGUAGCCGAGGUUUCCAUCCUUAUGCUAGGGGAUAA